AUGACUGUCAUAAAUUGGAAACAAGACAAUCAAAAGGGCUUUCAGUCUAUUGUCCUGAACAAGAUUAUGGUCAAGGACCGAUACAUCUUAGCCAUUCCAAUUCACCGUGUCUGCCCCGACAGCUCGUUUUGCAAUCCUCUGACGAUACACUGGAGAUGUUUCAAAGGAAACGCCAAGCCUGGCAGGGAUUACCUCCCCAGCAGCGGGCAGAUCUCCUGGCCGGCCAACGUGCAGGGGAUUCGGUACGCUUUUGUCAGUGUGCGUCUGACAGGUCGACUCCCCUACCCGGUCUACUUCUCUCUCGUCAUCGCUCCCAGCGUUGGGUCGGCCUGCGGGUCUGCAUGUUCCUUUGCGAGCGAGUGCGACGCAUCCCUCGUUUGCAAAGACACUUGGACUUUGGCGGAAUAUUCUCAAUUCGAUGUCGAGCCCAGUCGCUGCUUGAACAGCUGCACAUGCAGCUUGCCGACAGGCAACUUGACGAAGCCUGCCAGCUGCUCGGGCGUGGAGCCACUCUCCAACCAGAACAUCUUGAUCCCGUCAAGCAAGGCUCUGACCACCGUGCGGAUCUCGCGAUGUUACAAGUCGUCACCAGCAGCAGGAGCGUGUCUCCCGGACGAGCUUCACCCUUGCGGUGACGGCUACCGACACGUGAACGAGGAAUGUGAUGACGGGAACACUGUAGACGGCGACGGAUGUUCUGCUCAGUGCGCAGUAGAGGACUUCUACUCCUGCGUGGGAGGAACCUCGACGUCUCAAGAUCGAUGCAGCUUCAAUAGCCCAGGCCUCUUGUCGCCCAUCGAGUGGUUGAACACGCAGGGGGCCUUGAGGGCUGGUCAGCUAUAUCAAAAUAUUCAGUGGGCUGAUGAAAUGUUUUGGAACUAUAAUGUGUAUGGACAACCUGUGGCUCAAGCCAUCGGCUGCCUUGUUGAUCCAAACUCUCCCUUCACGCUCAACAUGCCUGCGAGCCCUUUCAUAAGCACCUCUCCUGCCAAUUGCGCUCGCAUCGCUUCACUGCUGGGAUAUGCUGGUUUCUGUCGACAGUAUGCAGGGCAAUGCUACACCCAGAGAGAUUUCAUAUUCACAGUGUCUUCAUUGAAACCUUCUAACACUUGUGUUGGAAAUAGCGGCGGGGAAGGUUCCAUGUAUUGCUAUUACGUCAGCUACCACACGUCGUCAUUGUACUUCGUACAGCAGCAUGAUCCCUGCCAGAUUCCGGGAUAUUGCUCUCCCAUCGGAAUCUGCGACAGCAACCUUGCCUCGGUCCCGAUACAAGUCUCUUGCACUUGCAAUCAAAGUUUGUCCUUUGGAAAUGGAGAGUUUUGCUCCAUCCAUGAGACUCAGAAUCUCAACUGCCAUGGGGCGUCUAGCAUCUGGUCCAGCGGGAUCUGCUUCUUCCUAGCGUCAGAGUCGAUCCAAUACGGUUCAGCUUCAAGUGUCUGCGCUGCAGAGGGGGCGAACGUGGCUUCUAUUCUCUCAGCAACACAGAAUUCUGCUGCUUCCAGUUUGCUACCAUUUGGACAGAGUGCGUGGAUAGGUUAUGUGAAGGAAGGAGCUGCCUUCGACUGGACUCAAUCUUCUCUAACUCCUCAGAUUCAGGUCCUCUCCUCGACCUAUACAGCAUGGGCAGGAGGAGAGCCCAUUCACAACGGAAGUUGCACGGGGAGCACCUGCGACAAGAACGCGCUCUGCAGAGACCAGAUCAACGGUUACACGUGCGAGUGCAAGAGUGGCUUCUCAGGCUCAGGGAAUGCCGGAGCUCCCGAGGAGGUCACGGGGUCCCGGAACCAAGGAGUCUUCUUCAACGGGAGCCUCCCAGCCACAGCCAUCCAGUACGCGAGGUUGGGCUAUGCAGCUGCCGAUCCCGAUGCAUGGCUGGACAGGCCGCAUGCUAUCCUGCAAGAUGGAGAAUCGGUGUUUGUUCAAGUUGAUCUUGGGAGGAUUUUUCCAAUCGGAAACAUCAAGCUAUACAUCAACCUAGACAACACCGUCAGGUUCCUCAGGCUCUCAGUGUUCACAAACGUCGGCGUCGCAUGCGCGGCAUGCCCUCUUGGAACGAUCGGGAAGGCAGGGGAGCCCAACACCUGUCUCAGAUGCAAUCGCACAGAAGCAGCGGCGAAUUGCUCUAGGCAGGACAACGCGAGUCAGACUGAGACUUCGACUUGCCUGCCGAUAGCAAGUUGCUGGCAGGGACAAGGUAAGAUGUACAACGGCACGUGCUUCAGGGUAUUCGAGAAUUCCUCGGGAGUGACGUGGAAGGAGGCGAACGAAAGCUGCUGGCGCCAUGGGGGGGAGCUGGGAAUGGUCAAAGUGGCUCACGAUCAGGAUCUAAUCAACAGCCUCAUCCUCACUCCCGCCUGGCUCGGCUGGUCUGGCGAGCUUCGAUACACGUCAGACACCUCCUGGGAACUGCUCAACUCCAGCUGGGUGGAUGGGCAGUCAGCAAGCUCAGUGAGGUUGUCGGGGGUCUGCGACUUUCUGGAGUGCUCGGGCUCUUUCUCAACAGCUCAAGUUUGCGGCAUGACGGCAAGGGGUGGCAUGUUCCCUUCACUGUGCGAUGCUUCUUUGAACGCCUACGUGUGUUUCAAGGUUGUUCCGAGCGAAACCUGUAGUGUACGAUAA